AUGGCGACUAACAUAACACCCAUUGGGCAGCUCCCAAGUUCGACCCCAAUGAGAGUGACUGGUGGUGAGGUCGGAGCUCAGUCUGCUCUGGCUCCCAAGAUUGGUCCUCUCGGUCUGUCUCCCAAGAAGAUCGGUGAAGACAUUGCCAAGAACACUGGUGACUGGAAGGGUCUCCGUGUGACUGUCAAGCUCACCAUCCAGAACCGUCAGGCCACCGUCUCGGUUGUGCCUUCGGCUUCCUCCCUGGUCAUCAAGGCCCUCAAGGAGCCUCCUCGUGACCGCAAGAAGGAGAAGAACAUCAAGCACAGCAAGUCCAUCGCCUUCGAUGAGAUUGUUGAGAUUGCCCGCACCAUGCGCCACCGCUCCCUCGCCAAGGAGCUCAAGGGUACCGUCCUUGAGAUCCUCGGUACCGCCUUCUCCGUCGGUUGCCAAGUUGAUGGCCGCAGCCCCAAGGAUGUCUCCGACGACGUCAAGGCUGGCGAGAUCGAUGGUAAGUGUUGA